GCUGAGUAACUUUUGACACGGCCCCAAGCUCCCCCCAGUUCGAGUCUGUGUGCGACUGCCUACAUCUCACUGCUUUAGUGUCCACGUCCCAAAUUCACUUGGAACACAGGAGUGGGCUUCUCUCUCUCUCUCUCUCUCUCUCACUCUCUCUCUCACUCACACACACUAUAUCACACACACACACACACGCGCGCGCGUGUGCUCUCCAGCUCUCACUCACUUUACGCACUGGAGGAGGAAAGGUGAAGUUCUCCACCAUUCAGGCGGCUGUGAUGCUGCACUUUCGUAUUCCCGCCCCUGCUGUGUUGGGGCUUGUUCUCCUUCAGGUUUCUGUGAUGGUGCUGUUUAUUGGCUAUCAUGGCCAAAUAACCCAGCACCCUUCUGACUCUGCCACAGUGACUGGGGGCAAAGUACAUGUGCUGCUGCUGUCGUCGUGGCGAUCAGGGUCGUCGUUCAUGGGCCAGGUGUUUAACAAUCACCCAUCAGUGUUUUACCUGAUGGAGCCUGCGUGGCACGUGUGGGGGUCGCUUGAGAGUUCGGCCGCACAUCGCAUGCGCAUGGCAGUGAGGGACCUGAUGCACCGCAUCUUCCUGUGUGAUCUCAGCGUGUUGGAAGCCUACAUGCCCAUCAGACACAACGUCUCCAACAUAUUCAUGUGGAGUCACAGCCAGGCGCUGUGUUCUCCGCCGGCGUGUCCGCCCUUGUCCCCGCAACACACCACGGCGCAGAUCCCGGAUUGUAAGAAGCACUGCAACGUGCCCGGGUUGGGGCGGGCGGAGGCGGCGUGUCACACCUACAGCCAUGUGGUGCUGAAGGAAGUGCGUUUCUUCGAGCUGGAAUCUCUGUUUCCCCUGCUGCAAGACCCGUCACUCGAUCUGCGCAUCGUGCACUUGGUGCGUGACCCCCGGGCCGUGUUCCGCUCUCGCGAGGAGUCACUCCCCAACUUGUUGAAAGACAGCUCCUUCGUCCUGGGUGAAAAAACGCUGACAUCUGACUCACAGCAACGCGUCAUGCAGGAAAUCUGCAGGAGCCACAUUCGGAUCUACGACACCGCUGUCCGUAAGGCACCCGACUUCCUGCGAGGACGCUACAAACUGGUGCGCUACGAGGACGUGGUGCAAAACCCGCUAGAACAGAUCCAGCACAUAUAUGACUUUGUGGGACUCAAAAUGACGGAGCCACUGCAGAAAUGGAUCUAUAAAUUCACACACGGCACGAGCAAGGGGACACCGAGCGACGCCUUCAGGAUCAUCGAGCGCAACGCCUCUGAAGUCUCGAAGGCCUGGAGAGUGAGUUUAGACUUUAAAAAAGUCCAGCAGGUCCAGCAGGUUUGUAAGAGCGCCAUGUCUCUGCUGGGCUACCGUCUGGUCCACAGUGAGGUGGAACAGAAGCAGCUUGACAUCGACCUCACACGCUCACAGAUGUACAGCUUCACCUGGCACUCGGCUAAUAAAUCUGCCACUACCAAGAACUGAGACACUGACAUCAGACCUUUCCUGAGCUGCAACUCGGCAUUUGAUCAUAUUUAUUACAGUAGUGGGGAAAAAACGGUGACAUGACAUUUUAGCACCAGUGCAUGUUUCCCUUCUGUCACAGCUCACCUUUCUAUUCAUUAUUAGCUACAGUAACUGAGUCCAGGACUAGAGGAGAAAACCUUUUCUGGGGUAAAAUGGUGUGGGCCUUAUUUAUUGAUCCGUAGGUGGAUUUAUGUGCAAAUCAUUUGUGUAGAUGUUUAUACAAUCAAUUUGUUCUUUAUGAAAAUCCUGUAAAUUCAGAAAAACCUUCAUUUCCCUUUCGUGUGUGUGUGUGUGUGUGUGUGUGUGUGUGUGCGCGCACCACUACUAAGAUUAAUGGACAUGAGUUUCAUUCCAAAUCACUAAUUUAUUUAAAAUAAACCCAUAAUUUAUUUA